AAACCAGCAAAAUGGAAUUUUUGUUAGAAAAGUUGUAAUAAAUAAAAAAUUAUCCAUACACUAAAACUUAUCUUAAGAACCAAACAGUCAAUAAUUCUAGUUGUUCUAUUACAUUCCGGUCUUAGCCAGAAACGCAAUGUCUCCUAUCCGUUGUUUGUGUUACAAUAUUUUGAAUAUAUUGUUCUGUUUGUCUAGGUUAGUAUUUUUUACUUUGUCGGAAGUGUAAGACUGAUAUGGGUUGGAGUUUGGUUCUACUUGGUGUACGGCAGUCCAAAUGAACAUCCCAGAAUAACUCUCGACGAAAGAAUUCAAAUUAGGCGAACGAUUGCAAAUUUUGAAAUAAAAAAAUAUAGUUUAUUUGAAAUUCCAUGGAAAGGCAUUCUCACUUCUGGCCCAGUCUGGGCAAUAGUCAUAGCUCAAGUGGCAAAUUUUUACCUUUAUGCCAUUUUAACCAAUGAGGUACCAACUUAUCUAAGUGAAGUCUUGCAAUACGACAUUACCGAAGUCGGGUUAUUUGCAAGUUUACCGCCUUUAGGCAAAUAUUUCGUAACGAUACUUUUUGGAAACUUAGCCGAUUAUUCGCUAAACUCUGGGAAAUUGUCAGUUGGUACAACUAGAAAAAUCUUUGAAGCUUUAGGAUUGCUGGUUCCUGUCGGUUGUCUGGCAAUUCAAGCAAUCUUUGGACACAGUUUAGCUGUGUCUUUAUUGACUUUAAUGAGUGCAAAAUUGUUUAAUGGAGCUAUUGUUGGUGGUCACCUUCCAAGCAUAGUAGAAGUUGCACCAAACUUUUCAGGAUUUGUGUCAGGGUGGGUUUUUACUUUUGCCGCAAUCGCAGCGUAUUCAUCGGCGAAAAUUACCGCCCUUUUACUUCAAAAUGGACACACUCUCGAUGACUGAAAGUACACUUUCUAGAUCACGGCCGGAAUUUGUCUCAUCGGAUUCGGUAUUUAUUCAAUAUUUUGUUCAACAAAACCAGCAAAAUGGAAUUUUUGUUAGAAAAGUUGUAAUAAAUAAAAAAUUAUCUAGACACUAAAACUUAUCUUAAGAACUAAACAGUCAAUAAUUCUAGUUGCUUUAUCACAUUCCGGUCUUAGCCAGAAACGCAAUGCCUCCCAUCCGUGAAAUGCUGACCUGCCGCCGAAUCUUAACCAUAAUGUCUGUAAGUGGUUUUAUCGUAAACGCGGUCCUGAAAACCGUUUUCAACAUUGCAGUGGUCGCAAUGACCAAGAAGACCAAUCAAACGGCGGAAAUUUUUGCCUGGGACGAAAACCAGCGCCAGGAACUCAUCGGGAUUUUUUUCUGGGGUUUUGCCCUAACUAAAAUCCCCAGUGGACGUCUAGCUGAAGUAAUCGGCUCGCGAAAAGUUACGGGUUACUCCAUGUUGCUAGCCUCAAUUCUCACAAUUCUCACUCCUUGGAUUUCUAAAUCAAAUUAUUACAUAUUUUUAUCUUCUCGCGUUUUGAUGGGUUUUCUUGUGGGGGCUAGUUGGCCGGCUGUUAUGCCCUUGGCGGCAAGGUGGGUACCACCCCAUGAGCAAACAAUUUUCAUUUCUUGCAUCGCCUCCACAGCUGUGGGAGCGGGGAUUGCGUUCCAGGUUUCCGGGUUCCUCAUUUCUGCACUAGGUUGGAAAAGUGUUUUUUAUGUUUUUGGGGGCGUAUCAACUUUGUGGUCGCUACUUUGGUUUGGUUUAAUUUACGAUUCGCCCCAACAACACCCUCGAAUUUCACCAGAAGAGAAAGAUUUGAUCGAGAGCCAGAUUAGAGACGUAAAAAUCCGAAACGUGAGAUUGAGUGAAAUUCCCUGGAUCAGUAUUUUGACGUCUGGCCCCGUGUGGGCCAUUGCCGCAGGUCAAAUUGCAGUUUUCUUCGGUUAUAUGACUCUGAGUAACGAAAUACCCUCCUACAUGGACCAAGUCCUCCACUUGGAGAUCAAACAAAUAGGGAUUUUUGCCGGUUUUCCCUACUUCGGGGCUUACUUUUUGUCCCUAGCCUCAAGUCACUUUGCUGAUUAUUUGCGCAAAAGUGGGAAAUUGUCCACAACAGCUGUUCGAAAAAUCUUCGAGGCAGUCGGAUUACUAGUUCCGGCCUUUUCGAUGCUACUUUUAGUGUUUUGGGGGUAUUUGACCCCAGUUGCUGUCACUCUUUUUACAAUUUCGAUCACAACUUGUGCCAUUUCAAGCGCCGGUCAUUGCACAAACAUGUUGGACGUUUCACCGAACUUCGCAGGGACCAUUUGUGGUCUAGUUAACACUUUUUCGUCGUUUACGGCGUACAUUUCGACGGAAAUGGUCACAGCUUUGCUCAGAAAAGACAACACUUUUAAAGAAUGGCGUUUCGUUUUUGCUAUUGUUUUCGGAGUUGAGGUGGUUGCUACUGGGGUUUAUUUGAUUUUUUGCUCGGGGGAAAAACAAAGUUGGGAUUCGGUCAAGACGAAUGAAGGGAGAGAAGAAAUAAGGCCACUAAAGAGGAAAAAUUUGAACCAAAAUCUUGAAUAAAUUU